ACCAUACCUACCUAUCUAACCUCCCGCAAGCCUCUGCAUCAGAACCCCACUGUCACGCUACACUAUGGAUCUACCCCCAUUCAGAGGAUUUUCGGAUGUGCCGUGAUUGGCCCCGGCCUGACCCCGGCCCCUCACCCUUGACCCCCCACCUCCUCCACCUCCUCUUCCACCUCCUCCUCCGCCGCCUCCGCCUCUGGCGCCCGUCCUCCUGCCUCCAGGAUGGACCCUGCUCUGCUCCGAAUGGACGGCUCCGGUUCCGAGGCCGCUCUCGAGGCUCAGCAGCAGGUGCUCUCCAUCGAGCAGAUCCGCUGCAUCCGGGCCAAUAACGACUACGUGGACCGGCCCGUGGCGCUGGAGCUCGCCACGCAGUCCGGAACCUUCUACAACGACCACCACCACCACCACCACCUCCACAACCACCAUCACAACAACCACCACCACCACCAUCCUCAUCAUCAUCACCCCCAUCUACAAAGCCAACACAGUAGUGGCAGCAGCGGUAGUGGUGGUGUUGGUGGCGGUGGUUAUCCGCAUGCGGUGACUCAUGGCGCGGCGCCGGCCCACAUGCCGCGCAGCGUGAGCGGGCAUCAGCAGCAGCACGCGCCCCACCACCUGAGCCGCUCCAGCACCGUCAGCAGCUCCAUGUCCCGAGGCAGCGCCGCCUCCGACACCAGGCUGCUGGCGGGCAUGACGCCGUCCCACUCCUCGGGCCUGGCCUCCGUUUCCGCCUCCAUGGCCGUGGUGUCCGUUCAGCCCACAAAGGGGGGCGGCAGCGGCGGUGGUGGUGGGGGCGAUCCACUGCAGAAGACGAAGCAGCAGCAGCCGUCGUCUGACGACGGCCUCGGCAAGGGUGGCAAGGGUGACCUGUCCGGGUCCGCGGAGGACCACCUGGGACUGCACCUGUUCAUCUGCGAGACCUGCGGCCGGUGCAAGUGCGACGAGUGCGUGACGCCGCGCGUGCUGCCGUCCUGCUGGGCCUGCGGUCAGCGCUGCCUGUGCUCCAUGGAGAGCGUGGUGGAGUACGGCACGUGCCUGUGCUGCGUCAAGGGCCUCUUCUACCACUGCUCGGCCGAGGACGACGAGGACAGCUGCGCCGACCGGCCCUGCUCCUGCACGUCGACGCACGGCUGCGCCCGCUGGAGCACCAUGGCGCUGCUGGUGCCCUUCCUGCCCUGCCUCUGCUGCUACCCGCCUGCCAAGCUGUGCCUUGCCCUGUGCCAGCGCGGCUACGACCGCGCCACUCGGCCGGGCUGCCGGUGCCGGAACACCAACACCGUGUGCCGAAAGAUCUCGUCCGCCGCCGCUGCUGCUGCUGCAGCUGCCGCCGCAGCCAACGCCGCGACCACCAAUCAACCGCCGCCAUUCCAGAAGUCUUUGGAGAAGCCGGCAUGACAAGCAGAAGCCAGAGCCAGAGUGUCCUGAACGAGACUGAAAUGAUCCGGAAUAUUCCUCCCCCUUUACACGUUAUGGUAUGCCGCCGCUACUGAUGUCAUCGUGGUCGUCUCAUCGCCUCUUUGAUAGUGGUCGAGGAGGGACGGAUGACCGAAAACCUCUCCAGUCCAGUCCAGUCCAGUUCCAGUUCCAGUCUAGUCCAGUCCAGUGCUCCCCUCCAGCCACCCACUACCCUGCUCCUCUCUCUACACAGCCUGCCGACCCUCGUCCUCCUACACAUAUACAGUAUAUGUGGCUAACCGGAAAUCCCGCAUAAACACCGGAUUAAAGCUAACUUCUUUCCGUCACUAUUGUUUUGAUUUUUUAUUUAACUGUUUUUUUUUUUUUAUUUGACUCUUGACACUUUUUUUGGGAUAAUUUAUCUUCAAUACAGUUCUUCAUAAGCUACAAACAAAGUCGAGCUGGUCUAACAACAACAACAACAACAACAACAACACCAACAACAACAAACAAACGAAAUGGCUGAAAGGGGGCUGGUGUCAGAGCAGUAUUCUCCUGGCCUCAGAAAGAGAUGGUGCUUUAGUGGGAGACUCGGGAAGAGAUGGUGCUUUAGUGGGAGACUCGGGAGGAGAUGGUGCUUUGCGUGGGGACUCACUCACUUGAAUUGUCCCGAGAACACAAAACUGUCUCAAUGAAGGUGAACACACACACGUCCAAAACUGUGUUUGCUGGCUGGCAUUUUUUUGUCCCUUGGAGGAGUUGAAACACGAUUUCAGAGGGACCCAUAAACUCAAUAGAGAGAGAAAGAGAGAGAGAAAGAGAGAGAGAAAGAGAGAUUAGGGGACAGAAAACAUGGAUUUUGACACCAAACGAGAGACAAUAAAGAGAGAAGGGAAUAUGAUAUGGUGAAAACAAAAGUGCUGUUGUAGAGGUAGCACAGGCGCGCUUCCACUUGGAUCUAUGAAAGACAAAUGCAAGAAAAGAACUAUGGGAAGGAAUGAAAAUGAAAGAGGGCAUAAGUGUACUUUGUGUGUGUGUGUGUGUGUGUGUGUGUGUGUGUGUGUGUGUGUGUGUGUGUGUGUGUGUGUGUGUGUGUGUGUGUGUGUAUGUGUGUGUGUGUGUGUGUGUGUGUGUGUGUGUCUGUGUGUGUGUCUGUGUGUGUGUGUAUGUGCGUGAGAGUUAGAGAGAGAGAGAUAGAGAGAG